CAUUGUUAAAGUGAUAAGGGAAAUCCAGGGAGUGCUCUCCAUCGCUAAAAGAAAGGCUGCCACACUGAAACCGUCACCUCACAACCACAGAGGAGACCUGCAGUGGAGGCAAAGGCCGUGGAGGGAGCUGACCACUGCCCUGCAGCAGAGGGGCUGGGCCUACUUCCGCUGAGCACCCAGUCUUACCACUGUGGAUGUCAGAGGGCUCCUGGCGGGGGGCAGAUGUCCCUAUAGCCACCCGGAAACAGGCACUCUCACACACUCAUGGUGUCAUGUAAUGUAAACCAGGGCAACCUUUUGCCCUGGAGGGAAAUUUAGCCAUCAAAAUUUAAAAUGUGGUCGGUCUCGGCUCCUCGUCAUGUCCUACAGUCCCUUAGAUAUGUACCGGAACCCGGGGGCCUCGGGGACCCCGCUCUGGGACUUCAGCAGCAUCAUCCAGACGUGCAGCGGCAACAUCCAGAGGAUCAGCCAAGCCACUGCUCAGAUAAAGAAUUUGAUGAGCCAACUAGGAACUAAGCAAGAUUCAAGCAAGCUACAGGAAAAUCUGCAACAGUUACAGCACUCUACAAAUCAGCUUGCCAAGGAAACAAAUGAAUUACUGAAGGAAUUAGGGUCCUUGCCCCUUCCUUCAUCUACUUCAGAACAGCGCCAGCAGAAACUUCAGAAGGAACGUCUCAUGAAUGUCUUCUCUGCAGCCUUAAACAAUUUCCAGGCUGUGCAGAGAAGGGUAUCUGAAAAGGAAAAGGAGAGUAUUGCCAGAGCAAGAGCUGGAUCUCGUCUUUCUGUGGAGGAGAGGCAAAGAGAGGAGCAACUCGUCUCAUCUGACAGCCAUGAGGAGUGGAACCAGAUGCAGAGCCAGGAGGAUGAGGUGGCCAUCACUGAACAGGAUUUGGAACUUAUUAAAGACAGGGAAACGGCAAUUCAGCAGCUGGAGGCUGAUAUUUUGGAUGUCAAUCAGAUAUUUAAAGAUUUGGCAAUGAUGAUCCAUGACCAAGGUGAUCUCAUUGACAGCAUAGAAGCCAAUGUGGAAAGCUCAGAGGUGCAUGUAGAAAGAGCCACUGAUCAGUUACAGCGAGCUGCUUACUAUCAGAAAAAAUCUCGCAAGAAGAUCUGUAUCCUGGUGCUUGUCCUGUCAGUGAUUAUUGUAAUCUUGGGACUUAUUUUGUGGCUAGUUAAUAAAUGAAGUGAUUGCCUCCGAGCCUUCUCCUGCUGAGCUGUUUUCAAGGGCAAGUGCUUGCUGGAGUCUUGCCAGAACAAACUGAUCACAAGAAGACAGAAUACACCAGAAUGUCCUGUAAUAAUUUAGUUAGAAACUAACUACUAACUAGUCCUUGGAAUUAGUGACCUGUGGAGACAGUAUUUAUCAAUUUAUGUAUACAUUUUAUUGAUUUCUCAAAUUAAGAAUUAAUUUAUGUGGA